AUGGCCACUCAUCGUGAAGCUUCAUUCCUCACCACGGGCAAGUUUAUUGACCCUACUCCCGCACCUGAAGAAGCAGCCCAUCCAGAGGUGGGUGCAACGUCUGCACCUCUCAAGUCGGCUGCUUUCUUCAUCGGAGCCUAUUGCAAGGACUAUAAUGAGGAUUUCAUGCUUUGUAAAGAAGAAAACAACGAUCCAGCCCACUGUCUGAAGGAGGGUCGUAAGGUCACACGUUGUGCCAUGGACCUGAUCACGAAGCUCAGGGAGAACUGUGAAAAGGAAUGGGAGGCGCAUUACAAGUGUUUGGAAAAGCACAACCAGCAUUACUAUGCAUGCCGCAAGCCCGAGAGGACCUUUAACGAAUGUGUUUUUUCAAAGCUUAAACUCGAGAAGGUCAUUCCUGAUGCAGCAGGCACCCCUAUUCAUCUUCGAGAGAAAACUAUUUACAACUAG